AUGCGCCCAAGGACGAAGCCACUGGCCCUGGAUUUAGCCAACAAGGGACGGUCCAAUUGCCCGUGGUCGGGAAAGCUGUGGGCACACGCCAUCUCAACCACAUACUCAGUCAGCGGCAAGCACGAGGCUCUGAAUGUCUAUUACUACGCCAUGUCGACGCAUGCGCUCGAGUACAGCAUGGCAGAGUACUCGCUGGCGGCAAUUGCACUGAUUGAUAUGGCACGUCUAGAGUUCCAGCUUAACCGCGGUACUUCAAGCGCCGACCUUCUCUCAACAUGCACAUCCUGCAUCACAACAGCAUACUCGCUACCGAUUGAGACGGCUGACCCGAUGCUGCGUCUCGAGCGGUACAGCCUUUUUGUCACUGCAGCGAUAGCCAAGGACAUUGAGGCCACACGCGGACUGUGGACUAAAGUGUGCCGAGCGCGCAGGUCGAGUGCCGAAGCCUGGGUGCUGGCAGCAGAUUUUGAGACAGCACAUGGGUCGGUUGCCAAUGCACGGAGUCUGUAUCGACAAGGAGCUCCAGCGCAAACUAGAUAA